AUGGCGGCGGCGGGGAGCGAGCGGCGGGGCGGCCCCUCGGUUUUUUUCCUGCACCCAGACCUGGGCCUGGGCGGCGCGGAGCGGCUGGUGGUCGACGCGGCCCUCGCGCUCCGCGCGCGCGGCUGCCGGGUGCAGAUCUGGACGCCGCGCUACGACCCCGCGCGCUGCUUCUCCGAGACUCGGCAGCUGGAGGUGCGGACGGCGGGCUCCUGGCUGCCGCGGAGCAUCCUGGGAAGGGGCCACGCGCUCUGCGCCGCUCUGCGCAUGCUCUGGCUGGCGCUGCACGUGCUGCUGCUCAGCGGGGAGGAGUUCGACGUCUUCGUCUGCGACCAGGUAUCUACAUGCAUUCCAGUUCUCCGUCUAGCCCGGACACGUAAGAAGGUGCUGUUUUACUGUCACUUCCCUGAUCAGCUCCUGACCAAGAGGGAAUCGCUGAUGAAAUCUCUCUAUAGAGCUCCGCUGGACUGGUUGGAAGAAUAUACAACUGGUAUGGCUGACUGCAUUCUCGUCAACAGUUGUUUCACAGCGACUGUUUUCAAAGAGACAUUCAAGUCCUUAUCUCACAUAAAUCCAGAUGUCUUGUACCCAUCUUUGAACGUUGCUACUUUUGAUACCAUUAUUCCUGCAGAUGUGGCCAGCAUAGUACCCAACAGGGGAAAGUUCUUGUUUCUCUCAAUCAAUAGGUAUGAAAGAAAGAAAAAUCUUGUGUUGGCUUUGGAAGCUUUACAUGACCUGCGUGGAAGACUGAAUGCACAGGAGUGGAGGGAGGUUCAUCUGGUUUUGGCUGGUGGUUAUGAUGAAGCAGUUAAAGAAAAUGUGGAGUAUUAUGAAGAACUGAAACUUGUUUCUAAGAAGCUUAAUAUUAGUGAGCAGGUCACUUUCCUAAGGUCUUUUUCAGAUGAGCAGAAGGUAACUCUUCUUAGUAACUGCACCUGUGUGUUGUAUACACCGAGCAAUGAGCAUUUUGGCAUCGUUCCUUUAGAGGCAAUGUACAUGAGAUGCCCGGUCAUUGCAGUAAACUCAGGUGGACCUUUAGAAUCGGUCAUAAACAACGUGACGGGUUUUUUGUGCGAUCCUCUUCCAAACCAGUUUGCAGAAGCCAUGGAGAAAUUUGUCAGAGACCUCACUUUGAACGAAACGAUGGGAGCUGCCGGAAGAGCCAGAGUUUUGGAAAAGUUUUCUUCAGGAGCAUUCAGUGCAAAGCUGUACCAAUAUAUUCAAAACUUAAUAAAAUGA